AUGGCCGGUGUACAAAAUGAUGACGAUGUUAUGAGUGAAGAGGAUGUUGCUAUAGUGGUUCCAAAAACAAGGAAACGAAAUCUUACAUCAAAUGGUAAGAAAGGUGGUACAUCAACUAUUCAAAGGAAUAAGUGCCUUAGGCGUCAAAUGCAAGAUGUGGGGCAAAUGUUGUUAUCUGCAAAGAAUGGACAGCAAGUGUCUACUCAUGCACGCAAAAUAGAUCAGACAAAGUUCCGAGAGUUUGUUUCCAAAUUAAUCAUUGCAAGAAAUCUUCCAUUAGGUUUAGUGGAAUGGCCAGAAUUUAGGGACUUGUGUGCUUAUCUAAAUGAUGACGUUAACACCUUGUCAAGAAAUACUUCGAAAGCCGACAUUCUUAAAGCUCAUGGGAUGCGAAAAGAAGCUAUUCACAAGAGAUUGAAAUGUGUUCCAGGUGAAGCCCUUGCUGCUAAGCUAUUUGUUAUAUUGGAAUAUUGGGGAAUUGAAGAAAAGGUAUGCAACAUCACUCUUGAUAAUGCUGCAUCAAACGACAGGUGUAUUAAAGUUAUGAAGAGUCGACUUGUGGCUAAAAAGAUUGUUUUUAACAAGGGAAAAUACUUUCAUGUACGUUGUUGUGCUCACAUAUUGGCCCUUAUUUUGAAAGAUGGACUGCCAAAGAUUGAUCCAGCAGUGAUUAAGGUAAGGAAGUUGGUUAAGUACAUUAAAUCAUCCCAAAUAAGAAAACAGAAUUUCUUUGAAACUGUUGAGACCUUAGGAAUUUCAGUAAGGAUGGGUCUUCACCGAGACGUUAAGACAAGAUGGAAUUCUACGUAUCUUAUGCUGCAGAGUUGCAUAGCAUAUGAAGAUGUUUUUACUCAUCUGAAGUUGAUGGAUAAAGACUAUGAGGACUCUCAUACCGAAGAAUAA